AUGGCGGACACAAACAGCAACAAUUCGGGCAUCACCAGCCCGGUGUCUUCUGCCUUUGGCAUCCCCAAAGGCGGAAGCCCCCGAACCAGCACCAGCGCCCGCCACAGCAUGGUCAUUCCCACCCCCGACACGAUGAGCCUUGAUCAAUUGAGCCUCGACAAGAGACACCAAGAGCUGCGCGACGAGGUCCGCGCCCAAUCACCAUCCCGCGCCGCUGUUCACUCCGAAGCCACCCGCAGAAUUCUCGCUGGCCUCGAUGGCGGCUCGGAAUUCAGCAAAACGUCGGGCUCAGGUCGCUCCAGCAUGGAUAGCGUCCGCAGCACUUCCAGUGCUGACUGGCCAACUCAUCCUUGGGAGCUCAACACCAUCAGUCAGCUCGCCUCUCUUCCUGUCGGCUCAGAGGUCAACUUCAGAGCCCGAAUUCACACUCAGCGUCAGCUUUCCAAGGCCCUCGACUUUCUUCUGCUCCGUGACCAGACUCACUCCGUCCAGGGUCUACUUACCCGCGACAACAUGGAUAUGGUCAGCUGGGUGCAAAAGCUUCACCCAGAGUCCCUGAUCCAGGUCCACGGCACCCUCAAGACCCCUCCCGAGCCCAUUCGCUCUGCUACACUUCAAAACGUCGAGGUCGAGAUCCAAGCACUGCAUCUCGUCACCGCAGCUCAGAACGCACCCUUUAGCAACUACAAGCCCCCCGAGUCUCUGCGCAACCGCAUGGCGGCUCGCAUCCUUGACUUGAGACACCCUGCCAAUCACGCCCUCUUCCGCAUACGCUCUAUGGUCACCUCCAAAUUCAGAGAAACCCUCGAGAACCAAGGCUUUGUUGAGAUCAACACCCCCAAGCUGCAGCCCGCCGCUACUGAAAGUGGUGCCGCCGUCUUCAAGGUCAACUACUUCGGCCGCAACGCCUUCUUGGCCCAAAGUCCCCAGCUGGCUAAGCAGAUGGCCGUCUCUGGCGACUUUGGCCGUGUUUUCGAGGUUGGCCCUGUCUUCCGCGCUGAAAACUCAAACACCCAUCGCCACUUGACAGAAUAUACGGGCCUGGACAUUGAGAUGGCCAUUGAGCAUGACUACCACGAGGUCAUUGAUGUUCUCGACGAAUUUCUCAAGUCCGUCUUCAAAGCAGUCUACGCCAUGCCCGAGGUCGCUGUUGUGCAGAAGCGCUGGCCUAGCAAGGAAUUCAAGUAUCUCGAUGAAACCUUGAUUCUGGAUUUCCGUGAAGGUAUAAAGAUGCUGCGCGACGACGGCCGCAAUGUCGAGGAAGAGGACUUGUCCACCCCCGAUGAGAUGCGUCUCGGCGAGCUUGUCCGCGAAAAGUACGGCACCGACUACUACAUUCUCGACAAGUUCCCUGCCAGCGCGCGCCCCUUCUAUACCCACAAAGAUGCCGAGGAUCCUUUAUGGACCAACUCUUUCGACAUAUUCAUCCGUGGUCAGGAGAUUUGCUCUGGAGGCCAGCGUAUUCACGAUGCUCAGGAGCUUCGAACCAACCUUGCCGCCGCUGGCAUCGGCGAGGAUGGCAUGGAAGACUACCUUGCUGCUUUCGACCUCGGCGCACCACCCCAUGCCGGCGCCGGUCUUGGUCUGGAGAGAAUUGUUGCCUGGAUGCUCGAACUCGGUGACGUUCGUUACGCAUCUCUGUUCCACCGUGAUCCCAAGUCUCUCCCUGAGCGAAAGCAUGCCUCUCUACCCCACGCCGAUGCCGAUACCACCAAGACACUUGAAGCGCCGCCUUCCAUUGAGAAGCUCAUUGCCAACUAUGGCGAUGCUUCUAACACAUCAUGGCUCGACGAGAGAUUCAUAAUUUGGAGGCACGAGACUGGCGCAGCCAUUGGUUAUGUGAGACAGGGCAAAUUCGCCAUGGUCACCGGUGAUCCCCUUUGUGAUGCCUCACAGUACAGGAUCAUCACCAGCGCUUUCAUUAAAUACUGCACAACGGAGCUGCACCUUGUUCCCAUCUGGAUGCUCGUAUCCUACGAAGUGCAAAAGAUCCUCGGCCGUGACAUGGGGUGGCGCACACUGUCUUGCACGGAAGAGCAGCGCGUUAACGCCGACAAGAUCGCUGCUUCCAACGACGGCCCCAAGGCGCGCCGUGUCGAGCGCGAAGGCGUCAAGGUCCACGAGGUUAAGGCGGACGAGGACUUUAUACGUCGCGCGGACCCCGCUAUCGAGGCCUGGAAGGGCAACCGCAAGGGCAAGCAGGUCCAUCUCACCGAGGUUCGGCCAUGGGUUGACAAGGAACACCGCCGCUACUUUGCCGCCGAGAAGGACGGCAAGGUUCAGGCCUUGGUUGUCCUUGCCAAGCUGUCGCCCAAGCACGGGUGGCAGGUUAAGUGGGCGCUCGACUUUCCCGGCGCUGUCAACGGCGCCAUCGAGGUGCUCAUCAGCCUCGCCCUCUCGGCCGUCUCGGGCCAGGUCACCUUUGGCGCUGGCGUCUCCCAGAAGCUCACCGCCGGCGAGCAUCUCCACGGCAUCCGCGCCCGCUUCCUCGCCACCACCUAUAGCUCGAUCGUCGAGAGUCUGGGCCUGCGUCGCAAGGCUAGCUUCCGCAGCAAGUUUGGCGCGCUCGGCGAGUCGGUCUACAUUUGCUACCCCAGAUCGGGUGUAGGUCUGCGUGACUUGCGUGAGAUUAUCAAGUUCUUCCAAGAUUAA